GCUCUUUUCAGGCCAGAAAGCUAGUGAAGGCAAUCAUUUUAUAGGCUAGAAAGGCUUUAUCAGCAGUGGUAGGAAAAGGCAAAAAUGCAAGUCUGGAGUUCCAUAAUCUCCCUCUUUCAGAUGGUUUCUCGUCGGAAAAUAAUAACUGCUAAUGGCUACAGAGAAUCACACCUGCAUCGCUGCCUUAAUCUCCUGGAUUUAGUAGCCUUUGGUGUGGGCAGUACUCUAGGUGCAGGGGUGUAUGUCUUAGCAGGGGAAGUAGCCAAGAAUACGUCGGGACCCAGCAUUAUCAUUUCCUUUUUGAUUGCUGCUAUGGUAUCCAUUUUGGCAGGAUUUUGUUACGCUGAAUUUGGAGCCCGGGUGCCUCUAACAGGAUCAGCAUAUCUGUACAGCUACAUCACAGUUGGAGAGCUAUGUGCAUUCGUCACGGGGUGGAACCUGCUCUUGUCCUAUGUAAUUGGAGCCUCCAGUAUAGCCAGAGCAUGGAGUGCUACUUUUGAUGAAAUUUUGGGUAAAAACCUGGGGAAUGUUUUCAACAUACAUCUGGCCACGAGCAUCCCAGGCCUGGCUGAAUAUCCAGAUAUCUUUGCUGUUUGCCUCAUUUUCUUGGUUACAGGCCUCCUCUCCAUAGGCAUAAAAGAAUCUACCACAGUGAAUAAAGUCUUUACAACUAUUAAUGUGGUCAUCCUUGUCUUCAUAACAAUUAGUGGGUUAUUUAGAGGAGACCUGAAAAAUUGGACAUUAAGUGAAGAUGAUCUGCGAAGGCUUAUUGACAGUAACCUUAGUAACCAAUCUGUGGUUGGCAAUGACACCUGGAAAUAUGGAACUGGAGGGUUCAUGCCAUAUGGCUUUUCAGGCACUCUGGCUGGAGCAGCCACAUGUUUCUAUGCUUUUGUUGGAUUUGAUUGCAUUGCAACUACAGGUGAAGAAGUGAAGGAUCCUCAUAAAUCUAUCCCCCUGGGAAUCGUUUUCUCACUUCUCAUCUGUUUCAUGAUAUAUUUUGGUGUUUCUGCUGCCUUGACCCUCAUGAUGCCCUAUCACCUUUUGGAUCCACUAAGCCCAUUGCCAGUGGCUUUUGAAUAUAUUGGAUGGAGACCAGCCAAGUAUGCUGUUGCUGUGGGGUCACUCUGUGCACUUACAACCAGCUUGUUGGGUGCUAUGUUCCCAAUGCCACGGAUUUUAUUUGCAAUGGCCAGGGAUGGACUUCUCUUUCAUGUUUUGGCCAGAGUGAAUAGCCAACAAAAUCCAGUUAUUUCAACGUUGGUAUCUGGAGCAGUUUCAGCACUGCUGGCUGUCCUUUUUGAUCUGAAGAUCUUGGUUAAUGUUAUGUCUAUUGGAACACUGCUGGCCUACACUUUAGUUGCUGUCUCCAUCCUACUUCUCAGGUACCAACCUGAUCCUGGUUCUCCAGACCCAAUAGAAAAGACAACUGUAAGCAGAAUGGCUUGGAUAGACCUCCUAAUACACCCUGAUAUAAUUCCGUCCCAUCACUCUUCCAGACUGGUGGCAUACACAGUGUUUAUUCUUGCUUUCUUCAUCUGUAUUGUGUGUGUGCUGACCGCCACAAAAUGGCCAUGCUUGACAUCUGGAACUCUGUGGUGUAUUGUCUGCCUUUUUUCCAAUUUGCUGGGGAUUCUACUAGCAUCUCUGGUCAUCUGGAGACAGCCUCAAAGUCAGGAAAAAGUAGAUUUCAUGGUACCAUGCCUGCCAUUCCUACCUAUCAUCAGUAUCUUAGUCAAUAGUUUCCUGAUGGCCCAACUGAGUUAUGAAACCUGGGUUCUGUUCUCAGUAUGGUUGCUUAUUGGUUUUCUCAUUUACUUUGGUUAUGGAAUUUGUCACAGCACAGAGAGGAAGAAGAACAAAGAUUUGUCUUUAGAGAAAACGACUCAUUUAAUAAACAGCCCAGAUUCAAAUGUCACUUUUAAAAAAUGACUUUAAGGAAACCAUGGCAUGGAAUGGUUUAUUUCGUUUACUUCUAUUUCUCAAUAGGUAACAGAAAUGAAAACCAGUUUGAUACAGAGGUUAAAGCAUUAGGCUGGAAACCUGAAGUCCCUGAAUUUUAGUCCCACCUUAGGCACAAAUCUCAAGUCUUUGUGACUUUAAGAAAAUCCCUCUCUCUCUCAACUCUAGGAAGCAGGCAAGGGCAAACCACUUCCAAAACAAAAACAAAAAACUUUGCCACAGAUCACAGUUCCUAGAAGGCUCCACACACAUUUGCACCACUCAGGUGACCUUGAUGACACAGAUAAGCCUCCAAGUAGCAUUAACGAUUCACUAAAAGAAUGCAAAUCAACAGCAGUCUGCAAGGAGUAUAAAUCUUU